AUGAAAACUGUUGUUCGUGCAGGCUAUCGUCCCGAAGCAUCCCUCUCGAAUCAACUUGUCCCUAUUGAUGACGAUCCAAAGCUUCUGGUCACGGAGGGCGAAAAUCUGGGUGGUGAGUACAGCGACAUAAAGAGACAGCUGCAGUGUAGAUUUCGCCGUCGGGUGACGCCUUUGCAGCUUUCUGACCGCCUGAAAGACUUAGCUCCACCAAACGCAUACUAUUUAAUGGUCCAGCGUGGAGCCGAUCCCCUCGGCUCGGCCUUCGGCAACCUCUAUCCUGGAGGCGAGGCUGUGGCAAAGGAGAAUGCUAUUGUCACCUCGUAA